CACGCCCCCUUUUCACCAGCGGCACGCCCCCCUUCUCUUCACUCGCUCGGCCUUUGCUUGCGCUCGCUCUCUCACGUCUGCUUCAUCUUCCCUUUUUCCUUCGUGGUUCACGCACCUUCAGGGGUCUUGAGCCGAAGGUCCCCCGAGUCCCAAGAUUGCCCGCCACGGAAAGGUUCUUAUCAGCCUGUUCAACUCGAGCAAAGUCUCUUUGUCCGCACAGCAAGCAGCCAAUUUUGGAUCAAUCAAGAAAAUGAGUUGCCCCUUUCUGACCCGCUUUCCGGCCAACUACGUCCGCAACUAUGCGCCGCAACUGCUCAAGAACUUCGGCAGCCAGUGUCCGGUCGUGUCGAGGCUCACCAGCAACAUGGCCAGUGCCGAAUCUACCACCGAAGCUGGAGAUGCACUCAAGAAGUGUCCCUUCAUGACUGAUCGCUCCCUUGUGAAGGAGGCAAGCAAGGAAAUGCAGGAGGACAUCAUCGAACAUUCCAAAUCCACCAAGGAUGAGACCUUCAAGUACGCGGAAUUCUUCCACGAUCAGAUCAAGCAAAAGAAGGAGGACCACUCGUACCGCGUGUUCAAGAAGGUGAACCGGCUGGCGAGUUCGUUCCCAGCGGCCAAGGAGUACACGUGGGGCGAGCAGGAGAUCACCGUGUGGUGCUCCAACGACUACCUGGGCAUGUCCCGCCACCCUGAGGUGGUGAAAGCGGUCGCAGAGGCGCUCACGAAGCACGGAGCCGGCGCCGGAGGCACCCGCAACAUCUCGGGCAACUCGAUGUUCCACGAGAACAUGGAGACGACGCUGGCGCAGCUGCACCAGAAGGAGGCGGCUCUUGUCUUCUCCUCGUGCUACGUCGCCAACGACUCGACCCUCUGCACGCUGGCGCAGUUGAUACCUGGCUGUCAGGUCUUUUCUGAUGCAGGCAAUCACGCCUCGAUGAUCCAAGGGAUUCGACACAGCCGCGUGCCGAAGCACAUUUUCCGUCACAACGACCCCGAGCAUUUAGAGCAGCUGCUGCAGAAGGUGCCUAAGAGCGUGCCCAAGAUCGUGGCCUUCGAGACGGUGCACUCGAUGACCGGUGCCGUGUGUCCGUUGGAGGAGCUGUGCGAGGUCGCGCACCACUACGGCGCCCUCACCUUUGUCGACGAGGUGCACGCGGUCGGACUCUACGGCAAGCACGGCGCCGGCAUUGGCGAGAGGGACGGCCAGAUGCACAAUAUGGACAUCAUCUCGGGAACCUUGGGCAAAGCAUUUGGAAACAUGGGUGGCUACAUCGCGAGCACGGCCAAGCUGGUGGACAUGAUCCGCAGCUAUGCUCCCGGCUUCAUCUUUACGACGUCGCUGCCGCCGACCGUUUUAGCUGGCGCCAUGAAGGCCGUGCAGGUUCUAGCCUCGGAAGAGGGACAGCAGCUACGAGCCACUCACCAAGAUAAUGUUCGCUACCUACGAACCAAAUUGCUCUCCGAGAGACUCUCGGUCGAGCACACUCCGUCGCACAUCAUUCCAAUCAAGAUAGGAGACCCCAUGAAGAACACGAUGGUGUCCGACCUGCUGCUGCAGCAGUACGGACAUUACGUGCAGGCCAUCAACUACCCAACGGUGCCCAAGGGAGAAGAGAAGCUGCGUCUGGCCCCCACGCCGCACCACACCAAGCCCAUGAUGGACCAAUUGGUGGCAGACAUGGUCAAAGUGUGGCACAAGGUCGGACUUCCGCUUACAGGACAAGUCUGUCCUCAGGCGUGCGCGUUUUGCCAGAAGCCGCUGAUGUUUGACCGCUGUGAGUCUCGCACUCAAAAUAAUUGCCAGGUGCCGAACUGCCCGCAACUUAUGGCUGCCGCCUAGUGUUCUACUCUACACGCAUUUGGUGCUGGAUCAAUUUUAAUUGAUUAAAUGAAGCAGAAAAAAUUAAUUGAUUGUUUUGGUUACCGUCAUUUUUAAUUGGUUCGUUGAUCAAAAUUUUAUUUUUUGCUCGUCCCUCGUCCCUGUCUUUUGGCGCAAACAGAUGUGAUGCAUUCAAAACAAUAUAGUCUAAUGUAAUCAGUCAUAAUUCCAGAUGUGAGAUAUUGUGUAACAUGUUCAGAAGAAAAACUUUAUUUUCUGUUGACCAUUAAAAGCAAGCAAUUAAAA